CAAACUUUUACCCUUUGAAGAGGUGAAAUCUGCAAGCAAGCCAGGUGCUCUUGAAACAGCCAGGGCAGAUCUACAGAAGUUGUACAAGCGCUGGGCCAUUAAAAAUCACCCCAGUAGACGAGUCUGCCAAGAGGCCAGCACACCUGAUGAUGAUGUUAGCUCCUUCAUCGCCAAAAUGUGGCACGAGAUAUUCACUGCCACAGAGGACAAGGGUCAGAAAGCAUGGCACCUGCUGGAGAAAUUCCACAAAGUGCUUCCCAAGGCGCUGAUGCUAGAGAACCUGGGCAAAGCUGAGCUGGACAACUUCACAGCUGAAGUUGAAGUUCUGAUGUCAGCAGUGCUUCAACACAAUGAUAACAUCAAUGGUAAGAUCGACAACAUUCAAAUCGACGAGGAAACAUAUCACAACAGGUUUCCUGCAGAGGUGGAGGUGAGGGACGACGUGGAGCUGUCGCGUAAAGUUUCCAACAUUAUAUGGAGUGAGAUCCCCCGGAGUCUUGGCCUGGGAGACCCAGUGAUUGUCACGGAGGUUUACCUCAGUGCAUCUGGGUUUCACACUGAGGGCCAAGCAUUCCAGGUGAAGGAGUGCACUGGGCACUACAUCACUAUAGAGCCCAUUGUCAAAGGCGAUGAUGACUUUGUCAUUAAACCUGAUGUUGUUGUAAACCUAGAGUCCUUGCUAGAGGUUGUGACAGUUAGGAGGGAAUUACUUCAAGAUGAGAUGUGCCUUGAAAGUGUGGAAUGCCACGAGCAUUCUUAUGGUGGUAGCAAAGUACUCAUGAGCUAA